CCCAAUCCGUUUCUGAGGUAAAUUUUCGCCUCCGUCCAAGUCUUAGCUAGUUCGGCCCAGCCCGCCCCAGGUCCGGUGUGCGGGAGCUGGAAAUCUCGACCUUGGGGUCAGCGGUCUAAAGGCGGUCUCUCGAGCUUUGCCUGCCGUUUCCCGCCGGGACCCCGCGCCCAAGGGCCUCCAGCCGCCACGGCGCUUCCUCAGAGACCCAGGCGCGGUUGGUCCCAAACUCCCUGAAUCAGGAACUCUGUGCUGGUCCAGCAGUCGGAGUGAGUCUGCCGCAGGCGAGAGUUGGAGCGCCGUCCUCGUACUUAAUCGGCCUCCAAAAGCAUCCUUUUGCUCUCUUUCCAGAAAGAAAAAGCAUCCCUGCCAUUCGGGUCACGGGGACGAGAGCCUCAACCUCGUCUGUACGUUGGUCUGUGGAUUUCGACCUAUUCGGGAACAUGGAGGAAGAAAGAAUAGCUGCUGAGUUACAGAAGACUAUGACACAGGACCCCGUGGUCUUUGAGGAUGUGGCUGUGGACUUUACCCAGGAGGAGUGGGCUUUGCUGGAUCUUGCUCAGAGAAACCUCUACAGAGAUGUGAUGCUGGAAAACUUCCAGAACCUGGUCUCACUAGGGUAUCCGCUACACACACCCUCUCUGAUCUCCCAGUGGAAACAAGAGGAGGAACCAGAGACAGUGAAGAAAGGACCUACACAGGAGGAGCAUCAGGAAGGUUUUGAGACUCAACUUAAAACUAAUGAAUCAGUCACUCUGCAAGAUACUUAUGAAGAAAAAAUAACCAAUGAACAGACUAUAAAAAGAUUCAAAAGGAAUGAUUCCUGGUCAUCCAUCUUACACAAAAACUGGGAAUACUCUGAUACUGAUUAUCAGAACAAAAGCCAUGAGACACAUUUGAGAAGUCACAUGGUGGAGAACAGCUAUGAGUGUAACGAAGAAAAUAAGUGUGAACAAACCUUCGACCAGAUUUCAGAUAUUAAUAUGCCCAAGAGAACUACUGAAGUAAAGUUCUUUGAGUGCCAUGAGUGUAAAAAGGCCUUCACGGAUCAUUUAUCCCUUAAGAAUCACAUUAGGUCUCACACUGGAAACAAACCCUAUCAAUGUAAGGAAUGUGGGAAAGCUUUCCACUUUUUUGCUUGUUUUAAGAAACAUAUGAAAACUCCCACUGAAGAGAAACCCUAUGAAUGUAAGGAAUGUACCAAAGCCUUCAGUUGUUCUUCGUUCUUUAGGGCACACAUGAAGAUUCACACUGGAAAGACAAACUAUGAAUGUAAGGAAUGUGGGAAAACCUUUAGCUGUUCUUCAUCCCUCACUGAACACAAAAGAAUUCACAGUGGAGAUAAGCCCUAUGAAUGUAAGGAAUGUGGGAAGGCCUUUAGUUGCUCCUCCUCACUCUCCAAACACAAAAGGAUUCAUAGUGGAGAUAAGCCAUAUGAAUGUAAGGAGUGUGGGAAGGCCUUUAGCUCUUCCUCUCACCUUAUAAUACAUAUAAGAAUUCAUACUGGAGAGAAGCCCUAUGAGUGUAAAGAGUGUGGGAAGGCCUUCAGUGAGUCCUCAAAACUCACUGUGCACGUCAGGACACAUACGGGAGAGAAGCCCUAUAAAUGUAAGGAAUGUGGGAAAGCCUACAACUGUCCCUCCUCCCUAAGUAUCCAUAUGAGAAAACACACUGGAGAGAAACCCUAUGAAUGUCUGGAAUGUGGGAAAGCCUUCUAUCUUCCCACUUCCCUUAAUACGCAUGUGAAAAAUCAAAGUAGAGAGAAACCCUAUGAAUGUAAGGAGUGUGGAAAAGCCUUUAGUUGUCCCUCGUCCUUCAGAGCACACGUGAGAGAUCACACUGGAAAGGUACAAUACGAAUGUAAGGAAUGUGGGAAGGCCUUCAGUCGUUCCUCAUCCCUCACCGAACACUUAAGAACUCACAGCGGAGAGAAGCCUUAUGAAUGUAAGGAGUGUGGGAAAGCCUUUAUUAGUUCCUCCCACCUUACAGUACAUAUAAGAACUCACACUGGAGAGAAACCUUAUGAAUGUAAGAAAUGUGGAAAAGCCUUUAUUUACCCCUCAGCCCUUAGGAUCCACAUGAGAACGCACACUGGGGAGAAACCCUAUGAAUGUAAGGAGUGUGGGAAAGCCUUUCGCCAUUCUUCAUACCUUACUGUCCACGCAAGGAUGCACACUGGAGAGAAACCGUUCGAAUGUCUGGAAUGUGGGAAAGCUUUCAGUUGUCCUUCAUCCUUUCGAAGACAUGUAAGAAGCCACACUGGUGAGAAACCAUAUGAAUGUAAGGAAUGUGGGAAGGCCUUUGUUUGUCCUGCUUACUUUCGAAGACAUGUGAAAACUCACACUAAAGAAAAUAUAUAAAGUAUGGAAUAAGGGAAUGUCUGCAAGGCUUUUUCAAAUCUUAGGCAAUGUGUGAGAUCUCACACUGUGGAGACACCCUAUGAAUGUAAGAAAACAGGAAAUCAUCACUCAUAUUUUUGAAGACUUGAGAACUCACAACUGAGAGAAACCCUGUGUGUGUAAAUCAUGUGAUAAUGCCUCAUGAGCAUCACUUAGUGUGUGCGAGAAAAUUCCUACUAGAAGCAAAGAUCAGUGCCUCAUCCUUAAAGUGGACUACUGCUGGCUCGCUGAUUCCCAGUUUUAAUCUUCCAAUGUGAAUAUUUAGGGUGAUAAAUUUACUCUAAUACCUUUUCGGCUCUAGAUAUACAUGUUUUAUUAUGAGGUGCUUUUAUUUUGGUUCAGAUACAAAUGUUAUUUCCAUUACAGAGUUUUUUGGACCUAUUGGGGAUUUGAAGUGCAUUUUUUUAUAUGCAGGCAAGAGUGGGGUUCUUUUGUUUUUUUGGUUUUUUAGUUUCUAAUAAACUCUCAUUGCUCUCUCAGUGUGUAGUCAUGGUGGUAUCGAUACUUUGGUAUUUGUCAUUUCUUUUGUAAGUGGUAAUUUUGCUUUGAUCCAGUAGGGCAGAAACUAGAAAUUGCCUACCCAGUAUUUUUCCUCCUUUUUUACUAAGAGAUUAUCAGCUUUUACUAUUAAAAGCUCUUCCUGUCUAGUAAGUAAUCCAGCAGAAAUUAGUAAGUGCUAAGGUCUUGAAAGAAGAGUCUCAUCUGAUAUGCUGUUUUUGCAUUUUGUUCUUUGUCCUUGCUUAUGACUGAGAUUUGGACCCCAAUGUUUUGAAUUAAAAAAGAGACCUUGUGGCAGGAAAGCUGGAAGUAAAAUUGGUUGUGCUGGCUUGUGUUGUGUUACUUUGAGCGUGGCUAGGGCUGCAUUUCCCAGAAUCACUUCCUUAUCCAGUUCCAGGUUAAAGUUGUCUAAAAUGAGUUUGUCUAAGAAUUGGAAGACAGAGGGAAGAAGCCAUUAUCUUAGUUUAGUGGAGCCAUGAGACAGGAAGACAGAUGCAUAGGGACCUUACCAGGAAACUGGAAAGCUCCAGUUUCCAGCUCAUCUUCCUAAUUAUUGGACCAAUUGAUCAAUACUGGCUCAAAAUGACACAUUAAAUGCUUGACUGCAGUUAUCUCAGAGGCAGCAGCUCCGUAAAUUCCUCUAUCACGACCAUACACAGCUUCUUGGAUUUUCUGGGAAAUUCUUGCACCGUAAUUUUGCUGAUAUUUAUAGUCCCUCAUGCACAUCAACCAACUGUAUAGAGUUGGCUCCAGUUUGGAGCAGGAUUGUUGUCAUCUACAUAGUCCAAUUCCAUCCUGUCACUCUGCUCAAGGGGAAAGACAUCUGUGCAAAUCUACUGUGGUCUCAAGACAAGGAGAAGCUUCAAUUAAAAAAAAAUGAGGAGAAGAGCUGUGGACAAUGAGGCUGAGAGGUGUAGUUGAGGUAAGCAUCAGACAGGGUGUCCUCCCAUUUUAGUGGAGGAAGGUUUAUGUUUAACACCUUCAAACAGGGAAGAUUGUACUUCUUUUUUAUCUGAGAAGAUGAAAGCUAUUUGAUUUGUGCUUUUCCAGGUACGUUUAGCUAUAUUUUUUCCUUCCAUUUUUUUCCCCCUUUACCUCAAAAAGUAGAGCUAUACCACUUCCCCUUAAUCAGCUUUUCCCCUUUUACUAAAGCAUAGAUACGCUAAUACGUAUGAAAUGUGCUAAUCUUAAGUGCGUAGUGUGAUGAUCUUACAUAAGUAUGUGUACACCCUGAUAAACAGAACAUUUCUAGGACUCCAGAAAGUUCAUUCAUCUGCCUUCUCAAUAAUUGCUCCAUAGAGGCAACCACAAUUUUGGCUUUUAUUGUAAUUUAUUGGGUUUCCUUGUUCUUAUAUGUACAGUUAUGUGUUUGGCUUCUUUUCUCAACAUAAUGUCUAAUUUGCCUUUUAAUUGCUCUGAUGCACGUAUUUCUCUAGAUAUAUGCUUUGUAUAUAGGAAUGAAAUUACUGAAUGGUAGGGUAGACGUUGUUUAGUUUUGGUAGGUAUUCCAGUUUUUCAAAAAGGUUGAUUCCACCUGUAAUCCUAAAAGCAAUGUAUGAAAGUCCCAAUUGCUCCAUAUACCUAGUCAGCACUUUCUAAUUUUAGCCAUUCAAGACAGGAUCUGGCAAUAUCUUGUUUUUGGUUUUAAUUUGCAUUUACUUGAUGUGUAAUAAUGGUUGAAUACUUUUUUAUGCCCUUGUUGGCUAUUUGGAUAUCUUUUAUGAGGGUACCUUUUGAAGCAUUUCACUCAUCUUUGGUUCCUUUUUUAUUUGGAGGGUUUCCUUCUGGUUACUUGUUCUUUUUUUAAUGUAUGUGUAUUUCUGUCCAUAUCUAGUUACAUACAUAUACAUAAAACAUGUGUUAUAUAUUAUAUAUACUUAAAUAAUAAUAUGUAUAUUAUAUAUACGUGUAUUGCAGAUAACUUUUCCCUGUCUCUGGCAUGUCUUCAUUCUUUUCCUUUUUGUAAGCUAUAAAGGGAAUUUAUUGGUUUGAUUACUGGAAAAGAAAAUCCUUGGAUGUAACUAAGUUCAGGGACAGCUGGAUCCUGGGGCUAAAAAGAUGUUACCGGGACGAGCUCUGUCUCCAAGUCUUGGCUGUGCAUCUUUCUUCCUGGUGUGCUCUUUCUCUUCAUAGUGGCCCUCAGAAGAUCCAGGCUACUUUCUUUCCAGGUUGUAGUCUCAGGGAGAAGAGAGUGAUUGUCUUUUUGAACAAUUCCAAUAUGAAUAUAACAGUUGAAUUUGAUCAGCUCACUGCUAGUCAGAUAACUGUGGCCAGAGGAAUGUAAUACUCUGGUUUAUUUAGAACUGGCUCCCAUGCUCAUCUAGAAAAGAGAGUAGAGUCAGUAGUGACUAAAUCAUAGGGUCCUGGUGAUUGUGAUGUAUAUGAUGAAAGGAGGAGGCAACAGGGGUCGGGUAGGGUAUAGAAAUAGAGGUAAUAAUCAUGUCAGCUAGCACAGUGUGCUUACUCUGGUCUUAACAAUGGGAGGGAACUGUGGAGUCUGGAAACUCAGCUAAGGCUAAGUAGUUGUAGAAAUCCUUUCAGAAAGUUUAGAGGCCCUCUGUUACCAUAUUUUAGACUGCUAAAGAUGAUUUAUCAAUCUUUGUUGCUCUGUGGUAGUUUUGGAUAUCUGGUAGCAAGAGCUUUCCAGCUUUUUUAUUCUUCAAGAUUAUCUUGCCUUCUUUGUUCCCCAUUUGAUUCUAUAGAAUCUCUAUCAGUUUUCACAAAUCUUCUUGGACUUUGCUUGGAAUUGCAUUGACUUUAUAGAAUAACCUGAAUAAAAUUGACAUAUUUAUAAUAUUUGAGUAUUCCAAUUGAUGAACAUAAUACAAUUGUCCAUUGAUCUAGGUGUUUUGUAGUUUUAAUUGUAGAGGUCUUGAAUAACUUUGUUUAAUUUAUUUCUAGGUAUGUGGUAUGUUUUGCUCUGUAUAUAUUUUUAUUUAUUUUUUUGGUUUUGGGGGGCUAGCACAUAGAACUGCAAUUUCUUUUUGUACAUUGAUCUUUUUAUCCUUAACAUUUAUAAGUCAAUUAUUUAUUUAAAUAGUUUAUGAAAUUCUAGAUUUUCUGUGUAUACAGUCCUGUCAAUACCAAUAAAAGAAAGUCUUACUUGAUUUCUAAACUUUAUCUUUUAUUUUUCUUGCCUCAAUUGCUUUACAGUGAUGAAUAGAAAUGAUGAAAAGGAACAUCUUUGCCCUGCUCCUGAUGUUAGGGGAAAGUGUUCCAUAUUUCACCAUUAAGUAUAAUACUAGCUGUAAAUUUUUCAUAUGUAACUUUUCUUAAAUGAAAGGAAUUCUGUUCUAGUCCUAGACUGCCGAGAUUGUUGUUGUUGGUUUUUUUUUUUUUAUCAUUAAGGGAUAUUGAAUUUUAUCCAGUGCUUUUUCUGUGUAUGUCAAGGUCUUUUAAAAAAUCCUCUGGUCUGUUAAUGUGGUGAAUUACUACAUUCCUUGAUUUCCAAAUGGUAAAAUAGUGUGUUUUCCUGGAAUAAACCAUACUUGGAAAUGUA